AAAACACAUGACUAAAGCUAAACACAAAACCAAAAAAGAAGAGAAAGCAAAAGCGUCUGCACCUCCGUAGUCCUUUCCCCCUAUAUUUAUGCAAAUUGCAAUGCCCCCUUCUAGAACGGCUAUAUUUACAUUUUCAUCUACUGCCAUUAGGAUUAACAUUUUUGGCUUAGUAGCAAGCAAUAUAUAUGCUGCCAUUUUUUUGAGCUUUAAGUUUAAUUUCUUCUUUCACAUUCUUUAAAAAUGAGAUUCCCAGUUGAAGAGAUGGAGAUCAUUUUCAGAUCGGGCUAAGCUACUACUAGUGUUCUACGGAGCUUCUCAUAGUGAGAUACUUGUGAUGAUAAAUAGCAAUCAGAGAUGAAAAGGACACCUGAAUCAGGAAAACCACUAGCCGAGAACCGUAUUGAGGCUGAGGUGACAAAUAUUCACCCAACCUUUAAAAAAGAGGUGGGAACUAUAUCCGAUGUCCAUGACUUUCUUGAGAUGGACUUCACUGUUCCUCUUCAAACAUGGAAAGGAAACCACUCAUAUCAGGAGCAAGAGGAACUUAUGCCUAAUGCUGGUACAAUCAAGCGAUGUGAUGACUCACUUGAAGAUAGUGGCUUUAUGACAUUCUAUGGAGCAAGUCAUCCUCCAGAACCUGUUGAUACCGACCUAAUGAAACCAGUCUAUGUACCAAUUGGUCCUAAUAAAGUAGACGGUAAAUGCCUAUUGAAAAACAUGUCUCUGAAGGGUUCUUCCCUGGAUGAUAUUUCAAUUGAGGUUCUUAACAUGAAACCUAGUUCAUUUCUUCUUUCACCUGCAGAGAGAUGGGCUGAAAAUCCAAAUGAUCUUGGUGUAGUAUCCUCUCCAUUUAUGGUUCCUCGUCCAUCUCAAAAUAUGUUAGCAAGGCUACCCCCUGAUUCUGAAGAAAAAGAAUGUCUUUGGGAUGCAUCAUUAUCACCAAGCAGCAAUGUCAGUCCAUAUAGUAGCAUUGAUAGUGCUGGUAUUGGCACAGCUAUGAGCAUUCCUAACAGCUGCACAAGAACAUAUAGGAGUGAUCGGUUGCUGAGUGAAAGCUUGCUUAUUAUGGAUGGAAACUGUGAGGGCACUAAACUGAUUAUUCAAGGGGAUUCACUAGAAAGUGCUAAAACUAGCUUUAGCAGGGAAAGUGAUAGCAGUGAACUUAGUGAUGAUAGUAACUGGAGUAACAUUACCGGCAGUGCCAAUAAGCCGCACAAAGGGAAUGAUCCCAGAUGCAAGGCUAUUCUUGCAAUACGGGCACGUGAUGGUAUAUUAGGCAUGAGUCACUUUAGGUUAGUGAAAAGACUUGGCUGUGGUGACAUUGGCACUGUUUAUCUUUCAGAGCUAAAUGGGACUUGCUGCGAUUUUGCAAUGAAAGUGAUGGAUAAGGCAUCGCUUGCAAGUAGGAAAAAAUUAACCCGUUCUCGGACAGAAAAAGAAAUCCUUCAGCUGUUAGAUCACCCAUUCUUACCAACCUUGUAUACUCAUUUUGAAACUGACAGAUUUUCAUGUUUAGUCAUGGAAUAUUGCCCAGGAGGAGAUCUACAUACUCUACGACAAAGACAGCCUGGGAAGCAUUUUUCAGAGUACUCUGCAAGGUUUUAUGCUGCAGAAGUUUUAUUGGCUCUCGAAUAUCUUCACAUGCUAGGUGUACUUUACCGAGACUUAAAGCCUGAAAAUGUUCUAGUGCGUGAUGAUGGCCACAUCAUGCUUUCGGAUUUUGAUCUAUCCCUGAAAUGUUCAGUUUCACCUAUGGUCAUAAGGACAUCAUCUAAUGAUCCCUCUAAACGAGGAGCUGCAUUAUGUGUGCAGCCAGCCUGUAUUGCUCCCACAUCUACAUGCAUUCAGCCAACAUGCUUCCUCCCCCGAAUAUUUUCUCAAAAGAGCAAAAAGAUAUCACAAAAGCCUCGAACUGAGCCUGGUUUUCCUGCUAAUGCUAUGCCUGAGCUAGUUGCAGAACCUACUGCAGCACGGUCAAUGUCAUUUGUUGGGACUCAUGAAUACUUAGCCCCUGAAAUUAUCAAGGGAGAAGGCCAUGGCAAUGCAGUUGAUUGGUGGACAUUUGGCAUAUUUCUGUAUGAAUUACUAUAUGGUAAAACCCCAUUCAAGGGAUCAGGAAACAGGGCAACUAUUUUCAAUGUAGUGGGACAACAGCUCAAGUUUCCAGAUUCUCCUGCAACGAGUAAUGCCAGCCGCAAUCUCAUUCAAGGAUUGCUCAUUAAAGAGCCUCAACACCGUCUCGGGGUGAAAAGAGGAGCAAGUGAGUUAAAGCAACACCCUUUCUUUGAAGGUGUUAAUUGGGCACUGAUUCGUUCCAGUACCCCACCUGAAGUGCCAAGACAGGUUAAAGUAGAGCUUCCACGCAAGUUUAAGCAAGUGAACCCUGUUGAAGUUUGCAGUAAAAGAAAUGCAGGAACAAAUGUGAACUCUGGGGGUAAUAAUUAUCUUGACAUUGAGUUCUUUUAGUCUAGGAAUAUAUAAUUAUAUAGGAUUCUUGUCUACAAUUUUAUCAGCUUCCUUUAAGCAAACUCCAUCCUAAUAGUACUAUAAUAUUCCCUUACCUUAA